GGAGGGGCAGCGGGAAGGAGGGCAGCGUGCGCUCGGCUCCAGUGCGACCUGGGAAUGGGUCGGGUGGGGGUGGGAGUGGGAGUGGGUGGAGGGGGCACCAGCGCUGCGCUUUUACUCCCGAGAGAAAUCCAAGGAGAAAGGCUGCGUUAGUCGCCAGAAGCGCAGAUCCUGCGCGGCAGAAAGUUGCGAGCUCAUCUCGGUCUCACUGGGAAAGAAUGGCGAUUUGCUGGACGGUGCUGAGUGUGCCGAGCAGACACUUGUAGGAGAAAAGAAAAGCAGAAGAGCUGACGGAAAACCAGGGAGGCAUCUGGCGGCGUGAAAGUCCUAAUGGGCACGGCUGACUGGCAGGCAGCUUCAACACUUUUCAUAUGCGGUAACUCACAGGUGCUCUCAAUAUGGCACCAACUCGAAAGAACCAUCUGGCGGCUCUUCUGAGAUGACUUGUCCAGCAUCUGGCCGCCUCGAUCGUCACUUCUUCAAUGGCACUCCGUGCCGUGCUGGAACUUCUUGAUAUUAUUAAGAUGAUAGCCCUGGGCGUUCUAGCUGGCAUUUCCUUUGUCAGUAUUCUGACCUACGGAUACCUGUCGUGGGGAAACCUCGGCGCCAGGGGACAGGGCAGAGAGGACAACGACCUGGACAAGCCCACCUCGCAGCCGCAUAUAGUAUUUAUCCUGGCGGAUGACCAAGGCUACCGAGACGUCGGCUACCACGGGUCUGAGAUCCAAACUCCCACUCUGGACAGGCUGGCUAGCCAAGGGGUUAAACUGGAGAACUACUACGUGCAGCCCAUCUGCAGCCCGUCGAGGAGCCAGUUCUUGACAGGAAGGUAUCAGAUCCACACGGGUCUCCAGCACUCCAUCAUCAGGCCCACUCAGCCCAACUGCCUGCCUUUUGACCACCCGACGCUGCCCCAGAAGCUCAAGAAGGUGGGCUACUCUACACACUUGGUUGGCAAGUGGCACCUGGGCUUCUACAGGAGGGACUGCCUGCCCACCCAGAAGGGCUUUGACACCUUCUUUGGCUCCCUGCUGGGCAGCGGUGACUACUACAGCCACUUCAAGUGUGACAGCCCCGGGCUGUGUGGCUACGACCUGCACGAGGGCGAGGGGGCCGCCUGGGAGCAGGACAACGGGGUCUACUCGACGCUGAUGUACACCCAGAAGGCUGUGGACAUCCUGUCCAGACACAAUCCCAGGAAGCCCCUCUUUCUGUACCUCGCGUUCCAGGCUGUGCAUUCGCCCUUGCAGGUGCCCCGCGUCUACCUGGAGCCCUACAGGACGAUCCCCAAUCUUCACAGGAGGAAGUACGCGGCGAUGGUGACCUGCCUGGACGAGGCGGUCCGGAACGUGACGCUCGCCUUGAAGAGGUAUGGCUACUAUGACAACAGCAUCAUUGUGUACUCGUCGGACAACGGAGGGCAGCCCCGGGCUGGGGGCAGUAACUGGCCACUGCGGGGGACCAAGGGGACAUACUGGGAAGGGGGCAUCCGAGCAGUGGGAUUUGUCCACAGCCCCCUCUUGAGAAACAAAGGCACCUCGUGCCGGGGGUUGGUCCACAUCACGGACUGGUACCCGACCUUGGUGACCCUGGCAGAGGGCCAGCUGGAGGAGGACCUCGACUUGGACGGCUACGACGUCUGGGAGGCGAUCAGCGAAGGACGGCCAUCACCUCGGCUGGACAUCCUGCACAACAUCGACCCCAUUUACACCAAGGCUAAGAACGGGUCUUACCACGCCGGCUUUGGCAUUUGGAACACAGCCAUCCAAGCGGCCAUCCGCGCUGGGCACUGGAAACUGCUCACGGGCAUCCCGGGGUACAGCGACUGGGUCCCCCCCCAGACCUUCUCCAGUCUGAUGACCCACCGGUGGCAUUACGAGAAGGUGUCGUGGGACCAGGGCAAGUCGGUGUGGCUCUUUAACAUCACGGCCGAUCCCUACGAGAGGGUGGACCUGUCCCGCCGGUACCCCCACGUUGUCAAGAAGCUGCUGCUCAUGCUGGCUCAGUAUAACAAAACGGCCGUGCCCGUCCGGUACCCGCCGAAGGACCUGCGCAGCAAUCCCAAACUGAACGGAGGGGUCUGGGGCCCCUGGUACAAAGACGAAGAGGAGGAGGAGAACCAGAAAAAGGCGUCAGACAACAUCAUCAAUAAGCACCCUGGCAGGAGAAAAGCAGCUGGUAAAGUAAAAAAGAGGAAACUCGUGGGCAGGCGGGCCAAAGCGUAAAGCCAGGCGGGCAUCUCAGGGAAAUGAUGCACACGACAGAAAGCACAACGACGGAGAAUGUAACCCGGUGCCACUCUGGGGAAGGGGGGGGGGGGGGGCGGCACGCCAGCCAGACGUGAGGAAGAAAAGGAGAAGCACCCGGAAUAUGCCGGAAGGAGAAAUGGGACUGAGCCGUGUGGCAGUCGGUGAGUUCACCAAUUCAAAGAGCACAAAGUAUGGAUGAGGUGGGCACCUAAUUUAAUUUAUUUAAGAUGGUGGUCGCUGUUCUGGCUUGACGUCGCUGUGACAGGCCCACCCGCGGCCACCUCUGCUGCCGACUCGUCACGCUGGUCUGGGACCAGUUAGUUUUCUUACGACAAAUGUUAAUAAAUAACACCCAUUGUGUCUUUA